CAGAGCGGAAAGGAAACUCAUGCAUCAGAAAAGGUGAUUAAUAAACACAUUGAAAGAAUAUGGCUGCACAGAUACCAGAAUCCGACCAGGUAAAACAGUUUAAGGAGUUCCUGGGAACCUACAAUAAACUUACAGAGACCUGCUUUUUGGACUGUGUUCAAGACAUCACAACAAGAGAGGUGAAGCCUGAAGAGGUUACCUGUUCAGAACAUUGCUUACAGAAAUAUUUAAAAAUGACACAGAGAAUAUCCAUGAGAUUUCAGGAAUAUCAUAUCCAGCAGAAUGAAGCCCUGGCGGCCAAGGCAGGACUCCUGGGCCAGCCCCGGUAGAAGCGCGGAGACACAGACUUGCCCUGGGAUUGCCGCAGCUGCUGCGCUGGCCAUGCGGGUUCACCGGGAAGAACCCUGCAGCAGCCCAGAGGAGUGGAGGGGAGCCAGCUGUCUAACUGCCUGACCAAUGGGAACCCCUGGACAAACAAAUCACCCUUCGCCAGAAAGAAGCGGAACAGAAGGCCUUCCGGUUGUGAGAGUGAU